AAGCCACAAGCUUAACUGAUUUCACGUUGUCCUUCUCCCAAGAUGAUCAGUGGGGUGCAAGAAUAUAUCAGUUUUCCGAUAUUUAUUAUUACUGUUGUAGUCGGUCUUUUGAUUCUCCAUUUGUUGAAAAGCAGGCCCACAAACAUACCGCCUGGUCCCGUAGGAUUACCCUUUGUAGGAUACUUACCAUUUUUGGGUUCUGAGCCUCAUCUUACCCUAAGAAACUUAGCUGAGAAAUAUGGGGACAUACUAAGCUUCUCUAUUUGUGGAAAAACUGUUGUUUAUUUGAACAACUACGAAGUUAUUCGUGAAGCGUUUCUUAAACGAGGGGAUGAGUUUGCAGGGAGACCUCAAUAUCCAAGCUUUUUUAGAUGGCUAACGGACGGCACAGGUAUCAUUCAGGACGAAGGGAGACAAUGGCAGGAACACAGGCGUUUUGCUCUCCAUACUCUCCGAGAUUUCGGCUUUGGUAAGUUAAGUUUGGAAGGCCGUGUUCAGGAGAUUACCAAGGACAUCCUCAAUACCUUGAAGGAGACAAAGGCGAUGCCCUACGACGUGUCCACCCUAUUGGCUAACAGUACAGCUAAUGUAAUAAGUAGUCUUAUGUUUGAUAAGCAUUAUGACUACCAAAAUCCAGAGUUUCUACAACUUCGGAAUUUAACGCAGACGUUUCUUUACGCUAUACCUGGACUCGGUUCAUUCAUACCAAGGACUUAUAUGAACUAUUUGCCAUCAAUUCUGCUGCCCACUUUUAAAACGAUAAACGGAGUUAAGAAGGAGUUUCACGAAUUUGUCGAAAAAAUCAUCCGAGAACACGAAUCAACGUAUCAAGAGGCAAACCUUCGAGAUUAUGUAGACGUAUACCUGGAACAGAAAUACCGAGCAGAAAGGGAAGAAAGGAUAGAUGAGAGCACAUUCACGUUGAAACGCUUAGCAGCCAUUAGUUUGAACAUGUUCCUUGCUGGUACUGAGACUACGUCCAACACCCUCUACUGGGGAAUGAAGUUAAUGACCUUCCACCCAGGAAUACAGGACCGUGUGUAUAAAGAGAUUGUAGAAGUUGUGGGAAAGGAGAGACUUCCUUCCAUGGUUGACCGCAAUAACAUGCCUUACACAGAGGCUACAAUAAUGGAAAUUCAACGAUUUGCUAACAUUGUACCCUUGGGGAUUGCCCAUUCAAAUCCAGAACAAACAACACUACGUGGCUACACAAUUCCAAAGAGGUGCGUUCUGUUGGCGAAUUUGUGGAACGUCCAUAGAGACCCCAAGUACUGGCCAGAACCAGAAAAGUUCGAUCCAUCCAGGUUUCUGAGUUCAGACGGCAAGGUAGUGAAGAGGGAAAGUUUCAUACCCUUCAGCAUUGGUAAAAGAAUCUGUCUUGGAGAAACUCUCGCUAAGAUGGAAUUGUUCUUAUUCUUUACGGCCAUUCUCCAGCAGUUCCAUAUCAAGGCACCAGAGGGCGACCUCAAGACCUUUGACAGAUAUACCAGCAUAGUUCGGCUAUUGAAGCCUUUUAAAAUAGUAGCCGUUGCUCGAGAUUGAACCGUAAUUGUACCAAAUCCUUCUUUAUUCAAAAUAUGGGCUUACUUGAAAAUUCGAGAGAAGGCUGUUUCACUUUUAUGUUCUAAGGUUUGUUAUACACGUGCUUUCUUAUAAUAGAUGGUACAAUAUAUAGCUGUGUAAUAAUAUUUUCAAAUAAGCUUGUGUAGAGUGCUAUUCUAACGAUCUUUUUUGAUAUUAUUUUAUUUUCGUAAUGAUCAUUUUCAUGUUAAUCGAUUUUUUGAAAUAUGUUUAAUAAUUGCUUUCUUGUUUGACGGAAGUGCACUCCUGAACAUGGAACUGUUUGUUUACAGUUCUUUAUAUUACAGAAAACUGAUGGGAAAGUGUAAUGGGCAAUAUUAACUAUGGCUCAGUCUAGUUGAAACUCUAAAUUACUUUUAAACGAAUAAGAUAAACUGACUGAUUCGAAUAAAACUUGCUGAUUUAACUUAUCAGCUACAAUGCAUUUUA